AUGAAAGAGAAGUCCAAAAAUGCUGCCCGGACUAGGCGGGAGAAAGAAAACAGUGAAUUUUAUGAACUGGCUAAAUUACUGCCCUUGCCCUCAGCUAUCACCUCUCAGCUGGACAAAGCAUCCAUAAUCAGACUCACCACCAGCUAUUUAAAAAUGAGGGUGGUUUUUCCGGAAGGACUUGGAGAAGCCUGGGGCCAUUCUAGUCGAACCAGCCCGUUGGAUAAUGUUGGACGGGAACUGGGAUCCCAUCUUUUGCAGACGUUGGACGGUUUCAUAUUCGUUGUGGCUCCGGAUGGCAAGAUCAUGUACAUCUCGGAGACGGCUUCGGUGCACCUGGGCUUGUCGCAGGUCAUCCACUGCAGCGGGUACCUGAAGAUCCGCCAGUACAGCCUGGACAUGUCCCCCUUCGAUGGCUGCUACCAAAAUGUUGGCUUGGUCGCCGUGGGCCACUCGCUGCCACCCAGUGCCGUCACGGAAAUCAAGCUUCACAGCAAUAUGUUCAUGUUCCGGGCCAGCCUAGAUAUGAAGCUCAUAUUCUUAGAUUCCAGGGUAGCUGAGCUAACAGGCUAUGAGCCCCAGGACUUGAUAGAGAAGACCCUUUACCACCACGUCCACGGCUGUGACACCUUUCAUCUGCGAUGCGCGCAUCACUUGUCUCUCACAAAUCUUAUCUAUGUAUCUAAUUUUGACUGCAAUAGUGAGCCCGAUUCGGAGAGCUGUUCCUUAUUCUAUUUUGAUAUCAUGAUGACAUUAAUACAUGGACAGAUGAAUAAAAACGAUAUUAAUUUCCGGGAUACUGAAUAUAAAGGACUACAACUCUCCUUGGAUCAGGUCACAGCUACCAAGCCGGCAUUCUCAUACGCAAAUUCAACUCCGACCAUAACGGAUAAUAGAAAGGGAAGCAAAUCUCGCCUCUCGAGCACAAAGUCAAAAUCAAGGACAUCACCAUACCCACAGUAUUCUGGCUUUCACACGGAGCGAUCUGAAUCUGACCACGAGAGCCAGUGGGGUGGGAGCCCCCUGACCGACACUGCUUCUCCGCAGCUCCUGGAGCCUGCGGACAGGCCGAGCUCCCAGCACCACGAUGUCUCCUGCGCCUACCGGCAGUACUCGGACCGCAGCGCGCUCUGCUACGGCUUCGCGCUCGACCACUCCCGGCUGACUGACGACAGACAUUUCCAUACGCAGGCCUGCGAAGGAGGCAGGUGCGAAGCUGGCAGAUACUUCCUCGGCACGCCGCAGCCUGGAAGGGAGAGCUGGUGGGGUUCCCGCUCAGCGUUGCCCCUCACAAAGUCAUCCCCUGAAAGCAGGGAAGCGUAUGAAAACAGUAUGCCCCACAUCACGUCCGUGCACAGGAUUCAUGGGAGAGGACACUGGGAUGAGGACAGUGUCGUUAGUUCUCCUGAUCCUGGCUCUGCCAGUGAAUCAGGUGACCGAUACCGCACUGAGCAGUAUCAGAGCAGUCCACACGAACCCAGCAAAAUUGAAACUCUAAUAAGAGCCACCCAACAAAUGAUUAAAGAGGAAGAAAACAGACUACAGCUACGGAAAACAACCCCUGAUCCUCUGGUGUCCGUUAAUGGCACAGGGAAAAAGCAUGCUAUCUGUUUUGCAAACUAUCCUCAGCAGCAGUUGUCAGGGGAUGUCUGCCGCGUCCCUACAGUGGCCAACACUCCUCCCUGUGAACACAUCCAGCAACGAGACGGAAAGAUUAUGAGCCCACAUGAGAAUGACUAUGACAACAGCCCCACAGCGCUGUCUAGGAUAAACAGCCCCAAUUCUGACCGAAUAUCUAAAUCUAGUUUGGUGCUAGGUAAAGACUACAUGCAUUCAGAUAUGUCCCCUCAUCAAACGCCAGGGGACCACUCAGCAGCUUCUCCAAAUUAUUACAGCUCCCACAGGCAGUACUUUGAUAAGCAUGCUUAUACAUUAACUGGAUAUGCGCUGGAGCAUCUCUAUGACACUGAAACCAUUAGAAACUAUUCACUAGGUUGUAAUGGAUCACACUUUGAUGUAACUUCUCACUUAAGGAUGCAGCAAGAUCCAGCACAAGGACACAAGGGGACAUCUGUUAUAAUAACCAACGGAAGCUGA